AUGGCCCAUCCCUCCGAUCAAUUCGACCAGGUGAACCCAGGGAAUAGUAUCGCCACAACCAACGAUGUCUUCUGGCCCUGGACCCCUACUGCCGAAGUUCACUAUGGCGUCAGCCCCAAUAACAACGCCUACUUUAUCCAACUCCCCUCGACGAACCCCUCGUUCUCGUCGCAGCCAGUGUCCCCCGGGACCCCGGCCCCUCCUCCCCUUGUGGGCGGUCGGGGGAGCAGCCCCAACGUAGCUUGGAAUAAAGUCGCCAUCCCUCGAGCACCCAACGCGACCACGAUCAACCACCGCCGCCGCUCCCAACGGGCGUGCGAGUCCUGCCGCCAACGCAAGAUCAAGUGUGAUGGAAACCGACCAAGCUGCAGACAAUGUAUCGACCACAGCCAACAGUGUUCCUACGAAGAUGUCAAACGGGUCCGCGACCAGAAACGUCUCGGCUCGUUAUCCAAGCGCGUGGACCAGUAUGAAUCUCUCCUCCGUGAGCUAGAGGUCGAUGCCGAUGCAUCUACAGCGCGCAAGAUCAGAAAAGCCUUGAAGGGCCCGGUCACCGCCUUGUCGACUCAGAAGGUGAAGGAGGAGGAGGAUGAUUCCUCGUCAAUAGGAUCGCUGGAUGGGAUCGAUAUGGUUGAGGAAGAUUUGAACCGCAGCGAGAAUUCCCGUGCUGCCGGCUUCUUUGGGAAAGCUUCAGAGAUUGCUUGGAUGCGAAAUCUCGCUGAUGAUAUCGAGAAAAAGGGCGUCACGGAGGAUUCGGUGUUCAAGGGAAUCGAUUAUGGGCAGCAGAUAUCGGCGGGUACCGGCUCUACUUCCAUCUCGAGGGUGAACUAUCAUAUGGAUGAUCUGGAGAUCCCCUUCGUGGACCCUUCCGAUCCGUCGGUCGUUCCAAGCCGUGACCUUGCAGACCGAUACCUCGAGGCAUAUUUCACCUUCGUUCAUCCAACGUUCAACAUCAUUUGCAAGGCGCACUUCGAGGACCAAUAUCAUCAAUUCUUGGACCAAGGGUACACCCCGCAUCGGAAAUGGAUGGCCCUCCUCAACAUGAUCUUCGCCAUCGGCUGCCGCUACUGCCGACUCACGGAUGUCUCUCACGCUCAGGAGGACGACUUUGUGUUUUUGACCCGAGCCAGAAAGCUUGGUCUGCACCCACACGUUCUUUUCGAACACAGUGAUCUCCAGCAGAUCCAAUUGGAGCUUCUAGUGGCUGUUUAUCUUCUUUGUUUAGGCCAGCUCAAUCGAGCAUGCAAAUUCUCCCACAUGGCUGCUCGCUCCGGCCUUAUUCUAGGAGUCAACCUUCGCAUGGAGAACGUUCAAACCCCAAAAGACUUCCGAGAAACCCGGUAUCGGCUCUGGUGGACCAUAUUUUCACUGGAAUGCCUUCUCUCGUCAAUGACCGGGCGCGCCUCCUGCGUCGACGAGAGCAUCAGCUCCGUCCCGGCGCCACUGCCAUUCGACGAAGAAUCUUUCACCCAGCCAGCCGUCAACCAGCUUCUAAAGGACCAAAGGCUCCGCGAAUCCCAGCUGCAGCCUACAAUGCAAGAGCCGGCGGCCCAGCUCCAAGACCAAGCCUCAGCUUCUUCUUGGACUGCAACGUGCACGCCCAGUCGUUCACUUUUCUUCCACUGCCUCGUCGAUCUAUCCGUCAUCACUCAGUCCAUCAUCAGUAAGGUCUACAGCAUCGAAGGCAUGCGUCUCGGCAGCACCCAGAUUGAGAACCGCAUGCAUAACUACGGGCUUCGGCUCGACAAAUGGCUUGCCAAAUUACCGCCAGACUACCAAUUCAUCGAUCCCGAAUCAUCGAGUUCCUGGUAUCCCAAUCGUGCCAGUCUUAUUGAUGACAAUGCCCAAUACACAAGAGAACGCGUCAGUCUAGCGAUGAACUACUACUCAGCACGCAUGACCCUCUGCCGACCAUGCUUCACAAUACCGAUGCCGCAAUCUUCAUCAGCUGCCUCCUCAACCGCCCAAUCAUCCUCCAGCUCCCACGUUCCUUCAUCCUACCAACCCGCCGCCCACUCCCACUCCUCGUCAUCUAGCGUGCGAGCAGAACUGGCGACACAAUGCCUCCAAGCCGCCUGCUCGCUGAUCUCCAAUCUUCCAGAGUCCCCAAGCCUCUCCUGGCUCGCUCGCACAGCACCGUGGUGGAGCGUCCUCCACUUCCUAAUGCAGGCCACGACCGCCCUGCUACUGGGUCUAUCAUCCUGCUCGCUUUCUUUCCCUUUCCCGCACAACACAAAAGCAAAUGUAAAUGACUCCGCACAUCCGGCAAAAGCAAUGGCGACACUCGAAACGGAUCUUUCAACCGCCGUCGCGCAUACGAGAAAAGCCCUCUUCUGGAUCCACGCCAUGGCCGCUGUGGACCCGGCGUCGAAACGUGCGUUUGGGCUGUGUGCCGCGGUUGUGAGGAAGAUUGCGCCACGGUUGGGACUGGAUCUUAGCAGUUGGCCUGAUGAGUGUGUCGUUGAUUCCGGUCCUGAAGGGGAGAGCGACGGGGUGGCUGCUAAGAUGGUGUAG